AUGACAGUUAUGAAUUUCGCUAUCGAAAAUGACGUGGUGCAAAGGGUUAUGAAUUUGUUUUAAAUUGUAUUUACAAAUGUAUUCAGCAAUAUUUUACCAGUAAAUACUUUAAUAAUACACAUAAAGGUAUACAGGAUUUAAAAUGAUAGAAAUAUCGGAUACACAGAAGAUUGGCGUUGGGCUCGCUGGUUUUGGUAUGACGUUCCUCUUCCUCGGCGUGCUACUUCUAUUUGAUAAGGGACUGCUGGCUAUCGGAAAUAUCCUAUUCAUAAGCGGGCUAGCCUGCGUCAUAGGCCUGCAGAGGACGUUCUUCUUCUUCUUCCAGAGGCACAAAGUGAAAGCAUCGGCGGCCUUCUUUGGCGGCAUCACCGUGGUACUGCUCGGGUGGCCCAUGGUGGGGAUGAUCGCUGAGAUAUACGGGUUCUUGCUACUGUUCAGGGGCUUCUUACCGGCUGCGGUAAACUUUCUACGGAUGGUGCCCGUGUUAGGGUCGCUGCUCAACCUGCCCAUCAUUAGCGGAAUCGUCGACAGGAUAGCAGGCGACAACGGCCGUAAUAUGGACCUUGCAUGAUGACUAUAUACGGAGGAACAACAAACGACUACACAAAAUAACAUUCCUAUAGAUAUUUAAGAUAUUGUUUUUACUCGUAGUAUAGUCAGAUACAAUCUUUAUGAAGUUUCGGAACAUCGUGUGUCAAACUGCGCUAUACAAGAUUUUAGGUAUCACCGGUUACGUAGGGGCGGCAGGCGGACAGUCGCCUCACGAGUCUUUUUUUUAGCGUAUUUUAAGCUCUAUACAAGAUUUUAGGUAUCACCGGUUACAUAGGGGCGUCAGGCAGCACAGUCGCCUCACGCGUAUUUUUAGCGUAUUUUAUGUAUGAACAGCGCUUACUGACGUGCGCUGCACAUCGGAGAUGUCAUAAAGAUUGCAUCCUAUUAUAUUAUAUUUUUGUUAAACAGUGUUGUAGACUCCGGCAAGUAAGUUGGACCAAAAUGACAUUUGUCUGCGCAGAUAAAAUUGUAAACAAAAGUGUAAUGGUAGUCGUCCACAAAUCCGCAUCGUGUCGAACGCAUCGCAUCAAACGGAUCGUAGUAUUCUUUGUAUAGAAGUCAAAGAAGUGCGUCCACUGAUCCGUAUCGUACGGCUCGCAUCAGAACGGAUUUUAUCUAUCGUGAAUUGAUGCGACGCGUUCGAUACGUACUGUUAUGGGGGUAGAAUCAUACGACUUUUUUAAAAAUAUAUUUUUUUAAUUAAUUAACAUUAUUAAAUUAGUUUUAGUUUCUAAUUAGUUGCUUAAAUAUCGAUUAUAUUUUUCCGAAUCCGUUAUUCGCGUUUGGACACGACACGUCAGACAAAUAUAGUUCAGCCUCCGUGGCGCAGUGGUAUGCGUGGUGGAUUUACAAAACGGAGGUCCUGGGUUCGAUCCCCAGCUGGUCAGAUUGAGAUUUUCUUAAUUGGUCCAGGUCUGGCUGGUGGGAGGCUUCGGCCGUGGCUAGUUACCACCCUACCGGCAAAGACGUACCGCAAAGCGAUUUAACGUUCCGGUACGAUGUCGUGUAGAAACCGAAAGGAGUGUAGAUUUUCAUCCUCCUCCUAACAAGUUAGCCCGCUUCCAUCUUACACUGCAUCAUCACUUACCAUCAGGUGAGAUUGUAGUAACUUGUAAAGAAAAAAAAAGCCUGAGACGUCAUGUCGCUAACACUUACAUUACUGCGCACUACAGUUCAAGUUGCAUGCCGCUUACUAUACUAGUUGGUAGGGAGUGCAUUAUUGCAUCUAUGAAGUGCACGCAGUCCUGAGACUUGGGUUUGAAUCCAUUAGAUUUUUUUCAAUUAAAUUUAUAUUUCUAAAAAAAAAUAUUUAAUUAUCGAAAGAGAGCGUUGGACAGACGUUACAUUUUCUUUUUAAAUAAUAUUUGCUAUAUUUACGACAAUAGUCCAGUCCAGAGAUAUGGUUUUACCGUGGUAGCUAUGGUGCUAUGAAAAUCUAUUAAAAAAAAUAAACCAUUUUCACUUGGACAGUUGAAAGAAAUCUUAAUCUUAAAAAGAGUCUAAAAAUGUUGUGUACACAGGACAAUGCAGUGUUUUUUUUUUAAUUUAUCAAUAAUCCUAAUGUAUAUACAUUGAUUUAUUAAACGAUUUUAUUUUGUGUUUUA